AUGCCUAGAAAGGCGGUUUUGCUGAAGUCGUUGGCUCGCGGUCGCGUCCGUUCGAGUUUCAACAAAUACAAUUUGUUCAACUUAUACAAGAAAGGCGACGUUGAUUUCAGAUCAAAAACGCUGUAUCAGCAGAAAUGGACUGCUAAACAGGAGACAAGAGCUUACCAUGGUGAGCACUUGACUGAAAACCGUUGGCAAACCACGUUCACACCUAGAUUGGAUUCCGUUGCUCAACUAGAUGCGUCCUUAAAGGGACAUGAAUCUCAACAAACACCAAUUCUGUUACAAACUUUUGGUGUCCUGGAGAAACGGCUGGACAUUGCAGUUUUCCGUGCUAUGUUUGCGUCAUCUGUGAGACAAGCGAGACAAUUCAUUUUGCAUAACAAUGUUUUCGUUAAUGGAAUCAAGAUAACGCAACCUGGAUACACAUUAAGUCCCGGUGACGUUUUUUUCGUCAAACCUGAAAAAGUUCUACAAGCACUGGGUGCAAAGAAACCAUCUCUGGCGGAGGCCUUGAAAGUUGACAAGCGCCAGAUUGCCAUUUGGAAUAGAUACGUCAAAGCUCUCAAGGAAAACCCAAGAGAAAAAUGGACAGAGAAACAAGAGAAAUAUCGUCAAAUGGAUGAUUCCAAUCCCAAGAAACAAGAGUGGCUAGAGUUUGUUCGCAACUACAAUAAAUCCAUGGAUGCCCAGAUGGAAUCUGAAAUAAAGUCACAAACCAAGGAUACCAUUUUGGCCAAAAUCAUGUCCACAGGUGCUGCUGUAGCUGAGCCAGCAGCUCAAACGUUUCUGCCCCAGUUUUACGAAGAUGUAACUCUUGGAAAUAAGGCAUUGGAGUGUUUCCAAGAAUUGAAGAAAUCCAACUCCGUACCAGAGAGUGCAUCAACUAUGUCCCUGGAGCAGCUAACAGAUCACUCAAAAACCCUUAUAAACCUCUCGGACGAAACUAAGAGGACAAUGUCUGACGGUGAAAAGAAAGCUCUGCGAGCUGCCAAAAAUCUUUGUUCCGAUAUUUUAACUUCUCAGGAUAAAGUCAUUCGCAAACUUUAUGAAGGUAAAAAAGGUAGCGAGCAAACCUCAGCGAUACCGUACGAUCCACAAUGGGCUCAAAAGAUUCAAGGUCAUAAACCGAUUGUUAUCAGCGAGCUUCUAGAAGAUGAGUCGAAGGCUUCCAGCUCCAUAAAUCUUCCUUGGCAAAAAGGCGUUUACGGCCGUCAAGACGCAUCCAAGCCCUACUUCACACCUUGGAAACCAAGACCAUUUUUAUCACCUUUUGCCAUUCUACCGCAUCAUAUCGAAAUUUCUUUCAAGACCUGUCAUGCCGUUUACCUCAGGGAUCCUGUGGCACGCCCAGGACAAUCUGAAGUCAUAACGCCUUUUGAUUUACCUGUUCAUGAACGUGCGUACAUGUAUUACGUUCGGAACGGUAAAUGA